CGGAGACUGGUACAGGCCAGAAGACAGCUAGCUGUAGGGAGGAGUGCGGGAUAUCGCUAGCAGAGCUUGGAAUUUCCCGCAGCUUCCCUGAAGACAGAGUGCCUUCAGACUGCGGACCUUUUUUAAAGAAUAGAACGGAACCAGAAGGACCAGAAAAGUCGCCGUUUUACACUGAAGUUGAACUCAAAAGACAUACAACCCGCUGUGAAGAAAAGCCGUGAGUAGCAAUUUUCUGUGAAAAGAGACAUCUUUUCAGUUGCUUUCAAUUAUUCAUACAAAAAUGAACAAGUUCUUCAACGCACUGCUCCUGCUAAUAACUCUGGCAGAAUACGCCCAGCGUUCUGAGGCUGCCGUCUGCGACCGCAUCACCUGUCGUCUGCCCCGAUGCCAUUGUCCCACCUCGCGGCCACCAGCAGGAUUUCGACCCAAAGACACGCCCCAAAUGGUUUUGGUUACAUUUGACGACUCCGUGAAUUUCAACAACAUUCGUUAUUACGAGGAACUAUUCCCGAAGAACAAUCCACUGAGAAACCCUAAUAACUGCACCAUCGGUGGCACCUUUUAUACAUCGAAUAUUGGCGUUGGGAAUACGGUGUAUCACCAUAUUCGUAAACUUUGGGACGAAGGGCACGAGAUCGCCAGCCACAGCAUCUCCCAUCGCUCCCCUCCCUCCUGGUGGGAUCAAGCGACGUACAACGAUUACGUCGAGGAAAUAGUCGGCGAGAAGGACAUGAUCAGCAAUCAGGCCAGACUGCCGCCUGAGGAAAUUCGUGGCAUGAGGACCCCGUUCUUGCAAAUCGGCGGCGACAGCCAGUUCAAAAUGCUCUACGACAACAACUUUACGUACGACUCUUCCAUGUUAACAGGCAAGUACAGCGCCGAGCAGAUUCACAACACCCCUCCCAUAUGGCCAUACACCCUAGAUACCCCGCCAGAGAACUACCUCUGUGAUAUCACCCCUGGAAACUGCCCUAGACGUCCCUAUCCUGGGCUCUGGGAAAUCCCGCUUAAUCGCAUGUACGGCGUCGACGGAAAAGCCUGCGGAAUGGCCGACAGUUGCAGGACGACGACGGAAGAAGACACCUUUAACUACCUUCUGCUCAACUUCCUUAACGACUACUACAACAACCGCAGAGCACCUUACGGCGUCUAUGUCCACGCUACAUGGUUUAACAGGAAAAAUCGCUUCACAUUAGGCGGACUGAAAAAAUUCAUGCGUUAUAUUAACCGCAUGCCAGACGUUUACAUGGUGACUUCGUAUCAAGUGAUUCAGUGGAUGCGACAGCCGACCCGCUUGGCCGAUAUCAAAAACUUCCAGCCGUGGAAAAGCAGGCGUCAGCAAUGCUGAGAGUUUUUUUUUUCUUUUUAUCUUAUUAUAGAAAAAUUACAGACAAAAUGCUUGAAUUGUGUUUAGUCCAAUGCUGAUUUUUUUCUUUGUUAUUAUACUCUGUGAUUACAUACAACAUGCAAGAUGCAUGGAAAUGUUUAUUAUAGAACUCAGAUUUAGAGAUAUGGAAUGUCUAACACCAACUAUGAUAGACUUUAUCCUAACUGGAACUUUUAAUCCCCAGAUACAUUGCAUUUAUUGUCACGAAAAUAAAUGGUAUGCUGUAUGAAUAAUACUGAUAAAAUAUAUAUUUUAC